AUGACAUGUCCUAUAUUUAUUGCCCUUCCUUUUCCUGUAGGUCUUACUGCAGCAGCAUCUCUAGUAUCUUUGGCAUGGGCACUGGCUUCAUAUCAAAAAGCUCUUCGUGACUCCCGGGAUGACAAGAAACCUAUCAGCUACAUGGCUGUAAUUAUUCAAUUUUGUUGGCAUUUUUUCACAAUCGCAGCCAGGGUGAUUACUUUUGCUCUCUUUGCCUCUGUUUUUCAACUAUACUUUGGAAUCUUCAUAGUCCUUCAUUGGUGUAUUAUGACUUUCUGGAUUGUCCAUUGUGAAACAGAAUUCUGCAUUACUAAAUGGGAAGAGAUUGUGUUUGACAUGGUUGUUGGAAUAAUUUAUAUCUUUAGUUGGUUCAACGUCAAGGAGGGAAGGACACGUUGUAGGCUUUUCAUUUAUUAUUUUGUGAUCCUUUUGGAAAACACCGCCUUGAGUGCUCUUUGGUAUCUAUACAAGGCUCCUAUGAUUUCUGAUGCAUUUGCCAUACCGGCACUUUGUGUGGUGUUCAGCAGCUUUUUAACUGGCAUUGUUUUUAUGCUGAUGUACUAUGCCUUCUUUCAUCCUAAUGGACCACGAUUUGGGCAGUCACCAAGCUGUGCUUGUGAGGAUUCUGUAGCUGCCUUCACUCUUCCUGCUGAAGUAGCAUCAAGUACUUUAAGGUCUAUUUCUAAUAAUCGGAGUGUCACAAGUGAACGGGAUCAGAAAUUUGCUGAGAGAGAUGGGUGCGUACCUGUCUUUCAAGUAAGGCCAACUGCACCUUCAACCCCUUCAUCCCGACCACCAAGGAUUGAAGAAUCUGUCAUUAAAAUUGAUUUAUUCAGGAAUAGGUAUCCAGCAUGGGAAAGACAUGUAUUGGACAGGAGCCUCAGAAAGGCCAUUUUAGCUUUUGAAUGUUCUCCUUCUCCUCCACGACUACAGUAUAAAGAUGACGCCCUUAUACAGGAGCGAUUGGAGUAUGAAACAACUCUAUAAAUACAAUGAAUACAGAAAACUCAGUGCAACGGCUAUGAUGCAUCCAAAUAAAAGGGUACUAAUAGGGCCGUGGCAAUAACUUAAUUUCAUUCUACAGCAGAUCAGGAAGCUAUAGCAGUGUCCUUAGUCUGACUACCAUCAUGAUUAUCAUUUGAUCCACUGUACCACAGUCUAUCUCAGUAAGCCUAAAAGAAGCAGCAUACAAAAACCUCAAAAAAUCAUUAUUUUUGACUGAGAAAUAGACUUAGUCUGAUUACUCUGAUUUUAAAGUGCAUUAUACGGAAUUUAAAAAUAAGACAGGAAGGGUUGAAUGAGUGACAUCCAACACACUAGUGAGUGGGGUUUUGUUUUCUUUUUUUUCCUUUUUAGAUAAAUCCCUGCAUAUGUUUUUAAGCUGAGUAUGUUUGCAUACUUAUUUACAAAAUAAAGUUGCAGUUUAGAAAAAAUGGUCAGAAUAACUAAAUUCAUACAAGGCAAUGUUACUGUUAUAUGAAUUCUAAUUUCUAUGAAAGAAAUUAAUAUAGUUAUCUUGCAUAGGUAAAUCAUGAAACAUUUUCAAAUGAGAGACAUUGAACAAGGCAUUAGUAAUUUUUCUCUAAUCUAGAAUUCUAUUUAUAAUCAAAGAAACUAUUCAUUUUUAUUUUAUUAAAUUUUAUUUUCUUUUUUUAAACAGAAAUCAAUAUUUUAUGUACAACUUCAGGGUACUUUUUAACAGAAAUUCUAUGCAGAUGAUUCCUUCCUCCUUCCUCAACUUUCAAAAAGAAUUGAGAGUUUAGAUGGUUAUUAAAAAUGUAAAUUAAAUGAUAAUCAUGAUUAAAUUUCAGUUGCAAAAACAAAAAAAGAAAAGAAAAGGGAGGGAGGGAGAUGGAAAAAAUACCAAAAAGGUAUACAUCCCAUAUACUGAAUCCUGUGAAGAUUAUGUUCAGAACAGCAGCAAAAGAGAAUAGGUGUUUUAAUCUACUAUAUAUGAAUAAAGCAUCACAAUAUGCUAUAACCUUUUAGUGCCAAAUAUUGUGUAAUUACAAAAUUAAUAUAAUAUUAUGGUUUGAAGAGGAGAUAAUGUCCUAAAGUAAUUGGAAAGAAUACAUUGUACCUUCUACAGUUGUAGUCAAUGGUGUUUAAGCAAAAAAUAUCCCCUGGUUUGUAAGCAUAUAAACUACAGUAUAUACUUUAUAAAUAGUGCAAUCUACAGUAACCUACCUUAUGUGCAAGAUUUUCUUGAAAAGGGUAAAAUCUGUUUCAUUGUACUUAGACAUAAUACAACAUUGUGUUUCAGUUUCACAAAAAUGUAUUUCAGUGAGCCUUGGAUUUAAUGCUACCCCACCUCUUGUCAUCUGAAACGGCAUCUAAUAAGAUCAAAAGUAUCCAAUUCUAUUCUAGAUGAAGUGCUAUUUUACUUGCCAUUUUAAUGUUAGUUGAAACAUACGAUCUUCAUGUGUAGUUUAAUGCUCAAUAUUUUUCCAACUAUAUAUAUUUCUGAUUAAUAACAUGAAACUUGCUUUAAUUAGGUAGAUAAAAUAAAAUUAAUCUAAUAUUUCAUUUUUAGGUAUAGUUUUGUUUUUUUAAACAAGUUAAUAGUUAACACAAGCUAAUAAGCAGUAAGGAAGAAAAUAGAAAAAGCAAAAGCAAAGAAAAAGCAAAAGAUGCCUGAAAAAUGCAUCCAAAAUUACUCUAAAAUUUCAGUACUCCUCAUAGGUAUAUCAAAAGAAGAAGGGAAAUACAUAAAUCCAAAGUUUACUGUGGUUCACUUUUGUACAGCUAAACUACACUUUAGCCUUAUAUACAAACCAGCUAACUGUAAAAAAAAAAUAGUUUUCCAAAUAGGUAUCUGGGCAUGAUUCUAGGAAGUAUCUUUUCUUACCUUAAAAGUAUCCUUGAUGGUGCUUUUGGUUGUAUUAAAGGUGCAAGUCAAAAUUUGAUAGUAUUUUUUUUAACAAAAAAUUGGUGCAAACUGGAAUAACUCAUGGAUUAUGUCAAUAUUUUUGUAAAGCAAAAACUCAGUACACAAGUUGUUACUUUUUAUAGGCAGAAUCUUUUCACCUGUGACUCAUUGUCUUUAUUAACUUAAAAAUUAGUCCAUAAUUAUAUCCACUAGUCCUUUGUAAAUUAAUAUAACUGCAUAGACUUGAUGCUAUAUUAGUUUGUUUCACAAUAUCAUGCAAUAUGAAAAUGUCCAUUUCUACCUUUAGAAUAUUUCAAAACAGUGAAAACUUCAGAUGAGUGCUUCAGAUUUAGUGCAGUGUGUACAUUGAAUGCUUUAUAAUGAAUUCUGAUGAACUCUAAACUAUGAAUCAGUAUUUUCCAAUCUGGAAUUGUCCAAUGUUGUUGGGAACGCAACUUACAGAAUGUGAAACCACAACAGUGGAGAAUUACAGAUUGGAAAAAGCCAAUGUAUAAUUAGGUUUAGCCUGAAAUUUUGCAGAUUCAUAGUGAGGUUAUAGUUUGCUACUUCAGUUAUUCUCCACAUUGUGGCAAGCUGUAUUUUCAUAAUGUUUCUGCAAUAUAUUAGAAACUUCAAAAAGUGAGAUGGUUCAUUGUGUUAUUCUUUAACAGAGGUAUAAUCACCUAUUGCAAAUAUGAGCAAAUUGUUUAUGAAUAUAAGCAGCUCCACAAGCAGGUAUGUGAAGCAAAUCUUUGUACAGUUGUAUUAACAGAAAACAACUUCUCCCCAAAAAAUAGCCCUACAUAAAUGUGCAUGUCCUUCAGCAGUCUCCCUUGUAAUUGAAAAUUUCUUAUUUAGAUUUAAUUAAUUCUUUACUGGGUCUGCCAGUAAAGUUUAAAAGUUUAAGAUUAUGGCAUGUUAAAUUUGCACUGCUUCAAGCCUUGCUGCAAUUGUAUUGGCAAAUGUUAUGUUGUUAUUUCAAUAGACAUACAAGUUGAAAUUGUGAAAUUAUGAAAUAUGUUUUCAAUACAAACUCAACAUGUAUGGGUAGGCAAUACUAGUCCAUUACUAAUUUCAAGUGGCCCUCAGCCUGAUUUCAAAAAUCAAAAAAUCUGACAAGAAUGGUCCAUCCUUUUCCUGAAAACGUGCUGCUUAGGGUGAAAGAAAGGCAGGUGUGGGCAUCCAAGUGUGCACGUACAAAACAGAGAGAGGAGGGGAAAAGAUGAAAUAAAGUGAAUGAGUCAUCUCACACUCUUCCCUGUCCCUGACAUCCAUUGUUUCAGCUUUACCAAAGUUCUCCAAGGAAUUUUUGUUGAAGGAGAACAGCUUUUAACAGCACAAAGAUCACCUCAUCUGUAUGUUUUGCAUGCAUUUCAACAAAGCUCCUCUCCAUUAACAGUCUUGCAUUUGUGGUUCUUUUCAUAGCAUGUCUUUUGCAUAAUGUUAUGUCUGCCAUUAUAAUGUGUGGAACAAGAUACAGUAUAAGAGAAGAGGAGAUUUGAGUUUUGCAAAGUUUGUUCAAAAGUGAUAAACAGCAUCAUAUUUUGAAUAGAAAGGUCUGAACAAAAAGCAGGAUGCUUGUUUCUCAUUGGUUUUUUUAUAGUAAAGAAUAUGAAUAUUUAUUUGGAUUUGUAAGGGCUGCCAUGCCUUAAGAUUGAACUAAUGGGUCCUGCAUAAAAUAUAUUUGCAUGUUUUACUAAUAGCUAUCUUAUAAAAGAUAAUUUAUCAAUUCAGAGAUAUAAUUCAUUACUAUGUCAUUUUUCCAUUAUGGUGAUUUGGACAAUUUUCAGAGUUUCAUGAAGACAAUCUCUUUCUUCUCUUCUUUAGCUAGGAAGGAGCCUUUAUAUUCAUAGAAUGGCCCUUCUUGAUGUAACACAAUGUUUCAUUAUUUAUGUCUUGAUAUGGCUGGAGUUGCCUACAUGAUUUUUUACUUCUAAUAUACAUAAUGCUGUUUUUUUUUUUUAAUACUGUUCAAAGUCUAUAAUAUAGUUCCAGGGCAUAGUCUUCUCUCUUGAAAACAGAAUUCAGUUUUUUUGCUUCAGUGUUAUGAUGAUGUAUAAUUAUUUUACAUGAUGUUCUUGAACUUAUUUCAUUGUUCGGUGUAAUUUUACAGGAAUAAUGUUAUUCUGUCAUUCAUGUUUCCCAUUUUAUUUCAAGGGAACCAAUGGCAACAUAAGCUUUCACAAAACGAAUGCUGGUGCAUUCUAGGCAACUUCUUAAUAUAUAAGGCUCAGCCAAGGCCUUCCUGUUACCUACACCUCCUUCUUUUCCACUGACAAGUAAGAAAAGAAAAAUGACCCAACUUCUCCCAUUACCUAUCCUUAGGAUGCAAAAAGCGAAGUAAUUUGCAUACAAUUUGCUACAGCUUUUUUUUCCAUUCCCAGAGUGGACUAAACUUUGGAUUAGUGAUUUUAAAGAAGCAAAAUGGAUUCUUGCUUCCACCCCUUCCCAGGGGUGUUAACAUUUUGCAUGGAGUCAACCUUAGGAUGCUUUUUUGUUCCAAAAAUGCUAGAAUGGUUUGGGGCUAAGUUAACUUUCCCCAGUCUGCUACAACAUAUGAACAAGGGGAUGAACGGAAAUAUAACCCUUUCUUUCUGGCAUAGAAAGGUAAUCAUUAAAUGGCAUCAUCAAAUUAGAGCUUCAGAAAAAUAUCACAUUUUCAUUCAUUCUACUUUUCAUAUUCGAUAGAGUAAAUACAUGAAAGGACAAGUUGACUAACUUCCCCCUCAAUUGCAUCAGCAAUGGUUCUGAUCUCCACCAAUUAUUUUUGCUUUACAAGAUUCUUACUAUGUUUGCAGAAGAUAGGAAGCCAGUCAUUAUUUGAUCAGGAAAUUUGUAUAACUUAGUAUAUAACCAGUUGUACAGUUGUAUAGUUUCUAACAGACAAAUCACUAUAUCAAUGUGAUUUUGCUCAAAUAUUUGAUUUUGUCAGAAAUGUUCCCUCCAAAUCAAGCCAUUUCAAUUUCAUGUUUGCUUCCUCAGCCCCAUUUCUUUUCUUUAACACAUCUACCUCUGACUCCACUGACACAGUAAAAACCUUACUUCUAGUUUUGAAGUAGCAUUAUUGCCUGAAAUACUCUGACAGAGAAGUAGCUGCAUUAUCUGACUGCUCUGCCAUCUUCAGAAAUGCUGUUCUUUUCCACCCUUUGGCUGCAGUGUGAGAGAAUACCAGGCAUAGCAAACCUUUAAGACCUUUACAUUGGUUUCCAGCCCUUUGUAUGGUCACUAAAACACUAGCAAGAACUAUCUAUGUCCCUUACGGAAGUUUGCAACAAGCAACAUACAGAGACACAUGGAGGAUCAACAAACCAAAUUUCCUCUCCAACAGUGAUGGUGGCCUCUGUUUCCAGGAUUUCUACAGCAGGUUUCCAGAGCAUGCAAUAGUAUAAACCUUUUUGUCCUUUUACCAUAGACUGCAACUUUCCCUGAAGUUGGUUAGAUAUUAGUUCCCCCUUAUCCCAAGGUUCCAGUUAAACACAAUAAGAAUCAUAUCCUAGUUGUGCUUUCUUCCUGACUUUUGGGCUCAUUAUUAUGGGAAUAAAACUGAAGGGCUUGAGUCCUAAAGCAAAGGUAGUAUAUAGGUAUAGUGAAAAACAAAACAAAAUAAAUGAAGAAUAAACGUUGUAUGACUGCUUCCAUUGCCCUCCUGGAUCCUCUUUUACAAAUAGGCCCACUGUUAGCAUACUCAUUCUUGGCAUAGCUACAGUGAUAGAACUGCUUUUAACUGGUAGAAGCUAUAAUUUUGCAAUGUGAAUUUGUAAGGACAGCAUCUUUGCUACCCAGAGUUGAUGGGAUGCAUGGCAUUGCUGUUGCUUUUUAAUGGCUUAUAUAUGUUGGCAUUCCUAACAGUCAAGGGCUAAUAUGAGGGGAGAGAUAGCAGAAUCCGGAUGAGCUGAGGCUGACCACCAGCAAGCACAGACUAGA